CUUUUCACUUCCGGGUAGCGACAACACUUCCAGCCUGCAGAAAGGCGGAUCCCUCUCUGCUACUUCGCCUUUCACAACUUCUUUCAGCCUAUUUCUUUUCGACCUGUCGUUCACCGCCGGCUCCCAGCUACACGCCGAAUCCGACCAAAACUGCUCUCUCGACUAUUCCACCGGCAUUGUGUUGAGUCGGGCUGAACCUCAGGCGACACACCGCGACGCCAGCGACAGUUUUCCGGCUCCAGCUAGCUAACUUUUAACGCACUAGCGUUUAACUUGACAGCUGCCCUGCAGCACAACAGGGAAGGAGCUACACCGGAGCAAAGACAGGACGAUGGGAGAUAAAGAAUUGAUGUGGGCAUUGAAUACCGGGGACCUGGAGGAGGUCAAAGCCAAACUGGUAACGGCUGAAGAUGUAAACCGGACCCUGGAAGGUGGGAGGAAGCCUCUGCACUACGCUGCAGACUAUGGUCAGACAGAUGUGGUUGAGUUCCUCAUUUCUAAGGGAGCAGAUAUCAAUGCUCCAGACAAACACGGGUUAACUCCACUGAUCUCUGCCUGUUUUGAGGGUCAUCUUUCCUGUGUCAAGGUCCUGCUAGAAAAGGGAGCUGACAAAGACCGAAAAGGACCGAACGGCAUCAGUGCCUUUGAGGCUGCCGCCGAGAGCGAUGCCAUAAAGGCUCUGCUCAAGUGAGACACCACAGUGUGGGAGGUGGCUGGACAGGUGGGUGAACGGACAGACAGAUGGAUGCAGUGGUCCCCUGACAGAAGAUGGACUCGUCCCUUUUACCCCAAUCAACCUCUGUCUUAACACUGCUUUUGUCUGUUUGUUGAAGGGUCAUUUUGUCUGUCUGGUGAUUUUCCUUUACCUUGUUUUUUUUGUUGUUUUUUUUUUCCCUCCCAAGUUUUUGGGGUAGGAUUUUCUCUUCUAUUGGCCUCUGUUUCUAGCCAUUUAACAGAAGGACUUGUCAGUAAUGUCUCCUUUUAGGGACCAAACACUGGGGGAGCGCUCUCGCACCUGGAUCCUAGAACACUGCUCAGACAAGAAAUCACUCUAUAAUGUAAACGCAAAGCUUAGCACUUAAAUACACAUCUCUCAUUUGCAGUUCUCUCUUUAAAACUGUAAAGAAAUCUAAUGGUAAUAGAUCAAUAGUGUGUUAACAUUAUUUUUUUUUUCUUUACAACUUACAACAGUAUAAGUAUUGUAUGGCGAAGGCUUAAUCUCAUGAACAGUAAUUGCACUGUACUCUACUAGAUUGAAAAGAAAGGUUGUAAAGUUUCAUUAUAUUAACCUUUCAUUGUGUGUGGCCUCUUCCUCUACCUUGAUUUGUUUUUUAAUAAACCCCAAACUGUCCCUCCAAUCUUAGAAUUUUGGAAACGUUGCUCGAAAGAGUUCUAGACGUCAGAUUUUUCCUUUUCUACUUGGCAUAUCACUUACAUAUCAGAUGGUGUUUUUGACUAAUGUUACAUUGGUAAUGCAUAAAAGAUAUUCUGUAUUCUUUGACCAAUCACCAUGCUGGCUACUAGAAAGACUUGAAUGUUGCAGUUUUUAAAAAUCUGUUACUGAAUCCCUUUUUGAAGCAACGUUAACAGCACAUAAUAGAAAAAGGAAUUUUAGAAAUGUGUUCAUUUUGUCGUCCCUGGAGUGAGAUUUCAGAGUGAAAAUUCCCUUUUUGUUGCAGCUUCUCUGUGUAUUUUGUAAUUGACGGGCUCUGGGGGCUAUGGAUGAUGGGUAAAUGGGGUUGUAGUUCAAACUGGAUAGUGGGGGCUGUUAGUAUUCCCCUUGCCUUGGAUUUGGUUAGAAGCCCUGCCUGUUUUUGCUGCAUGUCAAAAUUGCCUCUGCUUUUAUGCUAUGAAAUGGUUGCUGGUCCUCUCUUGGUUGCUUUAAAAUGAAUUACUACAAUGUAAUGGACAAAAAAGAUGCUCUUGCUGACUUUGUUGUGACAAAAAGUCUGUAAAAACAGAAAUAAAAAAUAUCUAUAAAAAUA